AUGACUGAUAGUGUACCAACCGUAGCCGAGUUUACCGCCCUCCUCAAGGAACAUGUCCCAGAUACCGAUCAACUAUCUGGAUCCGAAUUGGAAGCGCUGCACCUCUGGAAAGCCGAGAAAAUGGGCGAAAAGCUGAUGCUCGAGUCAGGGUCGGAUACUUCAAACCUGGAUGCUAAAGCGCUGCGAAAGCACAAUCUCUUGGCCGCAUGGGCAAUCGUGUGUGACAAAGCUUAUGCCACCGCUCCGAAGACAUCGACGCCUCCAGCUUCUGAAGAUCCCGAACAGGAAGGCCCGGGAUGUUCGACGAGAACCGAAGGUGCUGCUCGUACAUCUGAGGACGCUUCGGACUCCGAAGAAAUUGUAGCUUUGGGAGGGAGAGAGACGAUGGAUAAUCCAUGGACCUUUUUCGACCCCCAAACGUGGAGUGUCGCCAUUGCACAGCUUGACAGUACAACUGUGAGGUGCCUUGUCACAUGCUCUACUCAACAGACGGCCUCGAAGUUUUCCAGUGUGAUAAAGGCACUUCGAGCCGUCGAGAACCCUAUCACGAAUCCUGACAAGGGUCUUGUUCGGGAUGAAUGGAAGGGUAGACCAUUCGUCACAUCUCACUACACUCGCCACCUCAACCCAUCCCACCAAACAUCACUUGUCAUGAGUUCCUCCCAGCAGCAACAGCCUACUCAAGAGCAAACUACUGUCUCUGGGCAACGGAAAGACACGCCCAAGCAGCAAAAGGCUCAGCCGGCGCCGACGCAAACAGAUACCUCUGGCAACUCUGGCUAUGCUCCCCAAGACGAUGGUUCCUCCAUCGGUUCGGACCCCUACCAUGGUCAACAAGAAGAGACCCCGUCCCAUGCGAAGCUUGAAGACUCUUACGGGGGAGAGCAGUCCUCUUUGGGAGGAUACGGUGAGAAUCCGUACGAAGGGUCCAAUGAAUCAUCAUGUGAUUGUCAGUCUCAGAAUGGAGCAUCGACUCAUGCUAUCGGCUUUGUGACGCAACGACAAUCCGUAACCCCUUGA